GUGGUUCAAGCACUUCACUUAAUCUUACAGCAGCGGCGUCCUUCACACAUUAAGAACAUAUCGUCUAUCAUACAUCCAUAAAAUAUUAACCAAUAUCAGUGCUGUGCAGACCGCCGAGAAGUAAGCUAGUGUCAUGUGCGCAAACAUCCAAAGAACCUCGUGCGUUUUCACGGCAGUCCUGUCUUUAUUUUUGUUGACUGCUGUUUAUGCCGAAAAAUAUAAACUAUGCGUAGUAGACGGAAGAGGAGGUUUCAAACGUUCUGGAAAGUACUGUCCAACUUUGGAUAAACCAGACAGUAGAGUAGAAUGCGUUCUUGGAAUAGACAGAUUAGACUGUUUGAGAAAAAUUUCCAAAGGACAAGCCGAUUUCUCAGUAUUUACACCAGAAGACUUAGUAACAGCAACUAAUUCUGAAAUUGAAGUUUUGCUUACGGACGAACUACGCUACACUGAUAAUAAAUUCGAAUACGAGGUAGUCGCCGUCACACAAAAUUCUGCGAGAAUUAGAAGCAGACAUGAUCUUAAAGGCAAGCGAUUUUGUCACCCUGGGUAUGGCUAUGAAACUGACUGGACCAGGAUUUUGGCAAAUUAUUUGGAAGCUUCCAUCAUUCCUCAAAUGUGUAACACUAAGCUCACUAUUACCGAAAAUCGAAUCAAAGCAUCAUCGGAAUUUUUCAACAGUGCCUGCAAAGCAGGACCGUGGGUCAACAAUCCUAAACUCAACCUGGAACUUAAAUCUAAAUACCCGAAUUUAUGCGCUCUUUGUGAUAAUCCAACCCUUUGUGAAAUAAGUGAUAAAUAUUGGGGAAGACGCGGUUCGCUGUUUUGUUUAACCGAUGGUGCUGGCGAUAUUAGCUGGGCUCGUCUAGAUGAUGUUAGGCUUCAUUUUGGUUUAGUGCCAGGAAACAACGAAUCAACUCCGGAGGGUUACAGCUUCCUGUGCCCAGAUGGCACCUCGAAACCUCUUAAUAGUACAAAUCCGUGCGUCUGGGUGGUGAAACCUUGGCCAGUGGUGGCCACGAAAAGAACUGCUGCUCAAGACAUUCAAGAGUUUCUCUCAACUCUUACUAAUGUCGAUAGCGACUCUUGGCAAGGCGCAGUACUUCACCUCAUCGAAAAUUUUCAUCUGACCAUCACUAAAUUGCAACCGAUCGAACCAAUUGAAACUUUCCUAGAAAAAGCGACUGGUUUUUUGAAUGCAAACAGUUUCUCUGGUUGCCAUCCUCCUAGAACAAUAAGAGUCUGCACCACUUCAAUUAUAGAAAACGCGAAAUGCGCGUGGCUAAGAGAAUCAGCUGCUGUGUAUGGAAUUGAGCCGGAUUUGGAGUGUCUUAAAGCCGAUAAUACUACCCACUGUAUGGAUGCUGUGGCAAAUAAUGCUGCUGAUAUUGUAAUGGUGCCACCAGAUCUAUUGAACCCAGCUAUGAAGAAAUAUAAUUUGAGCACUCUCUUUUACGAAACCGUCAAUGACGACGGGAAAUACCUUACUAUUGCAAUUACCCGAAACGAUACUACCGUUAAUAAAUUAACCGAUCUUCAAGGUUACAAAGCUUGUUUUCCCAGUUAUGAUGGAGUUGCGUGGAAUACAGUAGCUCAUUCGUUACACCAAAGAAAGGCUUUAAAUUCCUGCCCUGUGUCUGCAGCAGUUAAAAAUUUCUUCGGAGCAAGCUGCAUUCCUGGGUUACCGGGAAACGAAGCAGUUUGCGACGGAAAUUCAUACAGGGGUGAUAUGGGGGCAUUACAAUGUUUAAUUGAUCGCAAAGGAGAUGUAGCGUUUAUAUCCAAAAAUUCCCUCCCUGACUUUAUUAACAGUCCUAUUCUAAAUUAUUAUGGAAGUAUUCAAGUGAGCACAUUCAACGUCAUGUGUGAACAGAAGUCGGAAGGUUGUCAUUUAUCUUGGGCUCCGGCUGGUCAAGCAAUGAUUCGAGCUAACACUACCGAUCUUUGGUUCCAAGACACUUUGGAUGUGUUUUUGCAAAUAGAUAACUUAUUUGGACGAAACCACAAAUCAUUUACAACACCAUUGCAACUGUUUGGACCAUACAAUGGAAAAUCAAACAUUUUGUUCCAUGAUAGCACUAUAAGACUGAGGAGUGUCCCACGAAGUAGGAAUUUUGAUACCAUGCAGCGUUUGUAUCAAGAAGAUAUUUUACCCACAAGUGAUGAAUGUGUGUCUUCGGCGUCUAUAAAAGUCCCAUUAGUCAUAGGAAUAUUAACGUCUUAUUUAUUUAUUUACAUUUUUAAAUAAUACGAAAGCGUGUAAAAGUACUUAAAAAUACUGUGAUAUUAAAUAUUGUUUUUAUAAAA